CAAAGACACACAGACAGACAUCAGGAGUACAACAAAUCCUCCUCAGAGAGAUAUUAGUUAGUUAGGAUGAACUUAUAGGUUUAAUCUUUCACAUUUAUAGUUAAUAGUUGUAAAUUUGUAGUUAUCCGAAAGGAAAUGUCUGGGCUUGUGAAUGAUGGUAUGGAUAAAGGUUCAAUGAUGGAAUCAGAAGACAGAAUAGAGAAGACAGUUGAUAUCUACGUCAGUGCUGAGGCUGUAAGAGACAUGAAACAUAAGAAAGACACGGAGGACUUUGAUACCCAAACAUCGAAAACCCAAACCCCUCAACACACAGGAAGUGAUUCUGUGAGGAUCAAAAGCUCCAGAGCAGCUCUAGUGUGUUUGGUGCUGCUGUGUGUUCUUCUGCUGACUGCAGACAUAGUGCUGUGUGUCUACAUCUAUAUAAAGAGCACAAACUACACAGAAGAGAGAGACCAGCUACUAACUAACAUCACCAACAUCACAAAAGAGAGAGAUGGGCUAAUAAUAAAGAACAUAAACCUGACCAAUGAGAGAAACCAGCUAAUAUUUAAGAACACAAAUCUGUUGAAUAAGAGUGACCAGCUAAGAAAUGAACUUCUGAUUCGUGAUGGAUGGAUUUACUAUCAAUCCAGUUUUUACUACAUGCCGAAUGAGACGAACAACUGGAAUAAGAGCAGAAGAUACUGUACAGAGAGAGGAGCAGAUCUGGUCAUCAUAAACAACAAAGAGGAACAAGAUUUUGUUAAGAACAUGUCUGGUGCUGCUGUAGUCUGGAUUGGUCUGACUGACAUUGAUGUGGAGAACACAUGGAAAUGGGUUGAUGGCAGCAACAUGACCUCUAAGUUCUGGGCGAUUGCAGAGCCUAAUGGAGGUAGAGGAGAGAACUGUGUUAUGACUGUGGCUGUGCUUAAAUUGAUAGACUAUAUUCACCCUACUUUAGUAGGGUGGAUUGAUGAAUCAUGUGAUAAAGCUCAUCAAUGGAUCUGUGAGAAGAGUAUGUCACAGCUCAUAAUGCCAUAGGAACAUCACACACUUUUUUUUUUUACACAAGUUUAAAAGUACAAAACUUUAGUCUAGUCUAGUCUUGUAUUUAGAUUUUUGUAGUUUUUAUUUGUUCCUGUUUUUUUCUUCACUCUAGUCGUUCCAAUCUUUAUUUUUACUCUAGUUCUCCCAAGCCUUAUUUUUGGGUUCUCUUAAGAAAGUAAUCAAGACUCUGACAGAACACAAAUGGAAAUGUGUAAAUUAUAUGGUAACCCGAAAAAAAUAAAAUAAAUAAAUAAAUAAAAAAAUUAAACAAAACAAAACAGACUUAUUUUUUCUAAGUAUGUGUUGGACCAAAUUUAACAUUUUAUAUGGAGUGUAGCUCAAAUAACUCGACUUACAUUGACUCUGCCCAACAAUUGUCUGGUUGGACUAGACAAGGGUUGUCCAAUCCUGCUCCUAGAGGGCCACUCUCCAGCAGAGUUUAGCUCCAACCCCAAUUAAACAAACCUGAACCAGUUAAUCAAGGUGUUUUUCAUAAUAGAAACUUCCAGGCAGGUGUGUUUAGAAAAUGACCCUAUGAGUCACAUGCCAUUGUGUAAUUGAAUAGAAGAAAAUAAGAGCAUUUUCUUCCCCAAAAUAAUCAUUUGAGUUCAUCAAGUCUU